AUUCCGAUACCACUGAAAACUGAAAAGACCUUAUCGAUACCACUUUGUUAGCAAUGGCGGCGCCAUUCAAAGUGCCGAAAGGAUUGCACAAUGAUGGAGGAACGAAUAUGCGUCAGACACCUCAGAUCCUAGCUAGGUUGACUGGGGGUCUCUCUCAACUGUAUAGAGACAUAAAGAAUGGAAAAUGUCACUCAGUAUCAGAAAAAAGUACAGACCAUGUGGGGCAUUUCUUGCCAGUUAGUGGUCUUUUGAUGCAUGAUCGUUACAGGAUUCAGUCGUGCAUACAAGCACACGGGCAGUCAGCUGUUCUUGUCAAAGCAGAGGAUCUGUGUAAAAACAUGAAAGCUGUUGUCAUCAAGGUGAUGCACACAUCCUUUCAGGCUGUGGGUCUGAGAGAGAUGAAUACCUUGAGGAGGCUUCACAGAGCAGAUGCUGAGAGCACAUCCCACUGUUUACAUUUACUGAAAAUUGUGGCCAUAAGAAAGAUUUCAAGACAUCUGCUUACAGCUCUUGCUUUCUUGAGAGGUCAGCUAAGCAUUCAUGCUGAUGUGAAACCAGAGAACAUUCUUUGCAGCAAUGGUGUAGACUGGGAUACAUUACACUUGAUUGACUUUGGAAAUGUGAUUCAUCAUACUCAUUCAGAAGUUACUGUUUAUUUCUCCGAUUUUGAACUGCAGACUCUUCCGUACAGAGCACCUGAGGUUCACAUAGGUGUUCCCUUCAGCAUGGAGAUUGACAUGUGGUCUCUUGGCUGUGUCCUGAUAGAACUGUACACUGGGAAGAUUGCCUUUUCUGGUGACGACAAAAAGCAGGUUUUGGAAAAGAUUGUAUCGGUUCUGGGUCCCUUGCCUCCUGAAAUGUGCCACAGAGGAAAGUAUGCAUCUGAUGUAGAAGAUCUGGCUAGAGGUAGAGCAACUGUGAGUUCAAGCAAUGCUGUGAAGUUAAUGUCAGCUUUUCCGGAAAUAGAGCACUACAAGUUUGCCAGCUUUCUAGCGGGACUUCUUUCAUACUACCCGGAUAAGCGUUUGACACCAUGGGAGGCCCUCCAACAUUCUUUUAUGGCACCAGAAAUUUGCAUCCAACAUUUCCUGCCGGAUGUGUCAGCUUUUCCUGGAGUUAUUUGUAAGAAAGAAUAUAACUACAAGACUAAUGUUUCAAGCUCAGCGCAGAGACUCUACCCAUCAACGUACGACUUGCUUCGUGAGGGUACGAGUGACUCUCGUUUGUCAGGGUUCACCAAGGUUGCCCGAGUCGUACCGUUGGACCACAAAGUGGCUGAUCGUGACAGCAAGACCUUCCCAAAUGGUAUUGCAAGACCCAAGUCAGAAUUUGAUGCUCUGGAAGAUCAAGACAGUUUGGGAAACGAGAUUUUUGUUCCAACCCCGGUUCAGAUGGAGACUGAGAACUCUACCGGUUUUAUUCCUCACAGCAUAGGUGUCACUUCUGGUACAAAGGUUGGAGUGGACAUGCUAGGCCCUUUUACCUCAGCAGCUUUGGAGAGUUCUGAACAGGAUGCAUAUGUAGAGGAAAAAAGACUAGAUUCAGUGUCUCGAAACAUGCUACGUAACUUAAGCAAAAUUUCUUCAACAAAUUGUAGUAAUGAUAGUUGUGGACAGACUGGUAGCGAGAACUUCAGGGAAGUAACGGAGGUGACACCAAAACACUCUGCUGCAUACAACACUUCGGUUGUUCCAUGCAAAACUCAAAGUUCUGUGUCCCAUGUAGGAAGUGGAGAAAGCAGUCAUUGGAGAACUGUGAAGAGUCCCUCUUUGCCCCGCACUGCACCCAUCCCGCUGUCUUUCAACACCCCCUCACCUGUGAACCGUCCUGGAUCUUGUAAUCGCAUACCAAAUCAUAAUUCCAACUAUAGUAUGGUCAUGUCCCAGCAACUGAACGAUGGCUAUGAAAAACGUGCCGUGGCCACGGUGUCUAAGAACCUGAGUGUGAUAAGAGAGUGCUCUCAAUCGGAAGUCUUGUGUCUUGACAAAGAAAGUGAUGCUCACAGUAGAGGUGCUACCCAUUAUGCAAACAAACAUAACCAGAACUCUGCAGCACAGAAAGUUCUGAAGGCCAGGCCAGAGUUUGAGGGACUGGAUUUGCAUGAUUGUGAUGAGAAUGACACGUGUAUUAAGUCAGACAUGGAAGAGGUAGAAUGGGGCUGUGAACGUGAAGCUCUGAAUGCAACUUUUACGCUUGAGUCCCCAUCACUGUUCCAAAAAGUUGUGCUUGAGAAGAGAGAGGCUGGAAACUUAGCUAAUGUUGAAGAGAAUGAAAAGGGUUUCCCUCUUCAAUCCAAGGAAACUAAUUUAGUCAACAAACAAGAUUUCGCCGAAAAAAAUGAGUUCAGUGAGGUGGAGAAACUGUCUUGCGGUGGGACUGCAUUUUCAAAUGUCAAAGAAAAUAUCUGUGGUGAUCAGAGAAAAACUGAUGAGAAUCUGUCUGCAAGGGACACAAACAAACAAGAGAUCUCAUUGAUGUCUGAAGUGGAAAAAAUUGCAGCGGAGAAGUCACUUAGAAGCAACAGCUUUGAGAGUAGUUGUCAUGGCAGAGGUGAAGAUCUUAAUCACAGGCAACAAAUAGUCUCAAAGUCUGGUGGUCCUUGUAAAAUGAGUCCUCCUUCUGCAAUCUGUGAGACAAAAGAGAAAAUAACGAUAUUGAAUAAAAAGUCAGAAAAGAAGAGAGGGUUGAAAAAAUCUGCGUCCACAAGAACAAAGGGUUCAUUGUUUGCAAAGGAAUGUUGUAACGGUGGAGAUGCAGCUAGUGCCAGAGCAGAGAAAGGAAGUGCAUGUCCUACUCAAAAGCGGAAGCAAAACCUAAAGCCACGGCGUACACCAAGGUCUUCAAACAUACCUGGAUGUCUCAGUACAAGAAAGUGCACAGAGAUGAAGCAAAUGUGUUCCUUAGGAGUCAAAACUUCCCAGAGAAGAGCCAAGUCACUCGGAGCUUGCUACACUGGGACCACUGUGUCUCAGUUGUACACAGAUGAUGUUCGCAGAAUUGGUGAGGGAAAUAGCUGGUCAACUUGGGCCUCCCUUCAGCAAAUUAGUAAUGAUGCAAAGAAAGUAAGAAAAGUCUCAAUUAAACCAAGAAAAGGAGGACUUAAAAAAAGAAACCUAGAAUGCAAAGCCAGUCUUAGUGCUAAGGGACCGGCAAAACGGAUGGAAUGUGAGGCUACCUCAUUAUUAAAGCGUCAAUCUAACAGUACCCGGAAAAAAUGUAAAAUCUCGAGGGAAUGUUCUGUAUCCUUAGUGCCCAUGAAAGAACCUCGAGCAGAGAAUACAUUUUGUUUUCCCAAUAUCCAAGACCCUCAUGACAGGAGAAGACUUUGCCGUAGAAGUCUGGAGGAAUAUUCCUACCAUGAGAGUCAAAACGAUAACAGUUUGGCAGUAGAAAAGCCAUCCUGCUCAAUAGAAAGUUCCUCCCAGGGGAGAAGAAUCUGUGAUGUUAGCACACGGGACUCACCUGACCCUCCACACAAAGAUGAAUGUCCAUUGGAUGCAAGACUUGCAAGACCUGUGAUCUCAAACUUCAAUCUGUGUUUGUCUGGUGUGAAUGUGCAUCAGAACAGACAUACACUUAGCAAACAAGACAAAGGAGACUCUUUUGGGGAAGAUGCUUCUUCUGAAAAAGUUCAGGGCUCUCACAGUGGUAAAAGGCUGCAUAGAGCAAAGUCGGUCAAGCGCGUUCUUGCAUUUCAAAGUCCCACUACUCCUGAUAACCGAACGAGGAACUUUGGGAGGUUAGGCUCUGUAAGAUCAGCAAAAAAGUCACAGUCAUUAAAGAGAAAAGGGGCUACUGAUGAAGGCUUUGAGAGCCCACCAUGUGCUGCAGUAGCCAUUGACCCACCUGCGAUGCACCUCCGAGAUGUUCGGCCUGUUUUAGCUCCACUUCAGACACUCUGCUUGUCUACAGCAAAGCACAAUUCAUCUGACCCAUAUGAGUUUAAGCCGUCGCCUGUGGUGACCCAUGGAAGCAGCGGGACUCCGUGUUCCAAGGGAAGGUUUGGCAAUAAUAAGUUGGUGCGGAAAAAUUUGUUUCAGGAGGAGAAAGCAUGUUCAAAAAAUAUUGCAGACCUUGUUGAGCAAAAAGCCAAGCAGUUUAGUGUAAGUGAUGAGAAAAGGAAAAGAAAAUCUACCACCCCUCAAACUUGUGGUCCUUCAGUCUCAAGUGAAAGAUCUUCAGGUCAUUCUAUAUCCAAAGCCAUGAAAGAGGCAUCAACACCCCACUCGGGCCGUAGGCGCUGCAAGCGCUUAAAAUUAUCAACAAAAAUUGAUCAAGUUUUGUCAGAUGAUCACUUAGAUGUGGUUGCUCAAUGUGAGCCUAAGAUUCCUAAGCAACGUCAGAGUGUUUCAGAAGAUUCACAUUUGUCAGUUGCAGUACAACUUUUGAAGACUGAGUCAUCUAGUCAAAAGAACUCGAAUGUUCACGAGGAAGGACAUAAGGAAUGUCCUCAGAAUCAGAAUGUUUCAAACGAGCCACAGUUAGCAACUGUUUCUUCCAAGAAACUACCGUCACGCACUGAAACAUUUAAUAAAGACCAUUUAGAAUUUCAAACAGAGAAGAUUUCUGAAUGUCUGCUGACCAGCAGUGCAAGUCCCAAUGGUGCUCUCCUGAGGCGUUUGCCCCAGAAGCUGCCAGUAUGUCAAUCUGCCUUGGUAAAUGAAUCGGCUAUAUCUGGGAAUUUUAACUGUCAACAUUCUGAUAGAAGACCUGUUGAUAAAGUUAAUGAUAAUGAAGAUAAGGACACAGGCCUUACAGACACUAUCCCCUGCCUUGAUGAGCCUGUGGGGCAGCCCAUUGGAGUCACUGAAGAAAUGGAAAAGACAGAAAAAUCUGUGGAGCUUCCCGUUGUUCAAAACAGCCCUGCACCAAGUUCAUCCCAGAAUGAAGAUGGCGAUAAUGCAUGCUGUUUUGAUGAGGAGAUUCUUCUCUUGGACUGAAUACAGAACAGUGCAUGUCCAACUCCUACCCAUCAUCAGUCAAUUGUGAUGCUGAUGCCUUCUGUUAUUGUCUUGUCUUUUUAGCAGGGUGAAAGAGGAUGGUUUCUGUGUGUUUGUGAGCAUUAGUGUAUUAUUCUGCAGAUUCCAUGUUUUAUCGUUAUACAGGCCUAUUUUUCUUGAACUGGUAUUGCACAUCUAUUUAUUUCUACCUUUGAUAAUAUGUGAUAUUAUUGAGCUUGAUGGCUUUCUUUACUCAUCUAUAGAUGGGAGUAAUAGCUUUUGGAGCUAUGCCAUUUUCACUAAUGUGAUAUAAAUUACGGUCGCAAU